AGCAGAUUUCAACAAUACACAGCUUGAAAAUCUGAUUCUCUAGAAAUUUCGAUUUCCCUUCUCCGAUUUACGUUUCCUUUGCUGAUCAGUUCUCCUGCUUCAAAGAUUUCACCUUUCUAUUCCUCUAGUUGUCCGGUUUUUUGGAAAUUGGAUCAGAUUCGAGGGGAAGAAAUUGGUAAAAGAAAGAAAUCUGCAUGAACUGGUUGGGAAAGCUGGGUUACUAUUUCCUGUCGUCGAAUUCGAACCAUUGCUUAACGCGAUUGUUGAUAUUUUUUCUUCAUUAUUCUCCUCAAUUUUCUCCAUCAUCCCAUUCUCAAUUGUGUAAUAUAAAUAUAGAUUUUUCAUCGUCGUCUUCAUCGUCAUCGUCAAUUAGCAGUAAUCCAAUUCCUAAUUCUAACUUUGAUCGUCCGUUAUUAUUGAAUCAUGGAGUCUGGAUUCAGGAGUAAUCGCCAGCAAUUGCGUAGAGCUCUUUGUUAUUCGAAUGAUGGGAGGAGGCAAGCGGCCUCGCCAUCUGUGAUAGUGAUAGGUGGUGGUGUUGCUGGAGUAGCGGCUGCUCGUGCUCUUCAUGAUGCUUCGUUUCAGGUUGUGUUGUUGGAAUCUCGUGACAGACUAGGUGGUCGAGUCCACACUGAUUUCUCAUUUGGUUUUCCUGUUGACCUGGGUGCAUCAUGGUUGCAUGGUGUCUGCAAAGAAAAUCCCUUGGCCCCUCUAAUUGGGAGGUUGGGACUACCUUUGUAUCGAACUAGUGGUGACAAUUCUGUGUUGUAUGACCAUGAUCUUGAAAGCUAUGCUCUAUUUGAUAUGGAUGGGAAUCAGGUUCCUCAAGAACUGGUAUCUAAGGUUGGCGAAACUUUUGAGAGAAUCUUACAAGAGACAGAGAAAGUAAGACUGGAAUACAGUGAAGACAUGUCCAUAAUCAGCGCUUUCUCAAUUGUUUUUGAAAGAAUACCAGAAUUAAGGUUGGAGGGGCUUGCCCAUAAGGUGCUUCAAUGGUACUUGUGUAGAAUGGAAGGCUGGUUUGCUGCUGAUGCUGAUACCAUCUCACUCAAGAGUUGGGAUCAGGAAGAACUGCUUCCAGGUGGGCAUGGGCUUAUGGUGAGGGGCUACCUUCCUGUUGUAAACACACUUGCCAAAGGACUUGAUAUCCGCCUAGGACACAGAGUAACAAGAAUUGUUAGGCAUUAUAAUGGUGUAAAGGUAUCAACUGAAAACGGGAGGACAUUUGUGGCAGAUGCUGCUAUUGUUGCUGCUCCUCUUGGAGUGCUGAAAUCCAGGGCCAUAACUUUUGAACCUAAGCUUCCAGAUUGGAAAGAAAAAGCCAUUAACGAUCUCGGGGUGGGAAUUGAGAAUAAGAUUGCAUUGCACUUUGACAAGGUGUUCUGGCCAAAUGUAGAGUUCUUGGGAGUGGUUGCAGAGACAUCUUACAGCUGCAGCUACUUCCUAAAUCUACACAAAGCUACCGGUCAUUCUGUUCUUGUUUAUAUGCCUGCUGGACAGCUGGCCAAAGACAUCGAGAAAAUGUCUGAUGAAGCAGCUGCCAAUUUUGCUUUCUUGCAACUCAAGAAGAUCCUACCUGAAGCAUCUGCACCGAUUCAGUAUCUUGUUUCUCACUGGGGCUCAGAUAUCAACUCACUCGGUUCCUAUAGCUACGAUACAGUAGGCAAUUCCCAUGAUCUGUAUGAAAGGCUAAGGAUCCCUGUAGAUAACCUAUUCUUUGCAGGAGAGGCAACAAGUACGAACUACCCAGGGUCAGUGCACGGUGCAUUCUCAACAGGACUGAUGGCUGCGGAAGAUUGCCGGAUGCGAGUUCUGGAGCGAUAUGGCGAGUUAGACUUAUUCCAGCCAGUCAUGGGUGAGGAGGCAUCAGUAUCUGUUCCGCUCUUGAUCUCUCGUAUGUAACUUGCCUGGUCAGGGUGGCUCUAUUCUAUAGUACGAAGGUAAUAAUAUGUAAAAGCAUGUAGCAGAUAAAUGUUGAACAUGGGAUGAGGGCUGACACAUUAUUGCCAUUUUGAUGGGGGCAGUCUGGGAAAUUAUUGUUUCCUUGAGACUAAAACUAGUCACAUUGGUUCAUGUGAAGUCUCCCCCCUGUUUAGCAUACUUAGCAAUUAUUAUUUGGACAGACAAAACAGUAUAUUGUGUCAGCUUUGUGACUUAUUCUAAAGCUAGUUGAUAGACUUUGUCUCCUUAAAAUUGAAUUUUAAUUAUUAUGCUAUUAUUCUAUUCCCUUUCU